AUGUACAACCAUGCCUCGUCUUCCUCCUCUCCAUCUGCAUCCACCAAGUUGGACGACUUCAAGCCCAACAAGGCCUCGCCGCUCACUGUCGAUGCUGGACAGUCAAAAUUCUCACUGGCGACGCUCCCUGCCAAAGUCGCCCGAAAUCUUGGUAUCCUUCCUUCCAAGUCAUCCUCCCCCGAUCACCUCAGCAUCCCAGAGGACGAGAAAGACUUGAUGAUUACGGGAUCACAGCUGGCUGCACUUUCCACUGGUCAAGCCGCAAAGUUUGAUGUGGCUCUGGAAUGGUGCAUUAUUUUCGCGAAGGUCCUCAUCAGAAACUUCAAGUCGUGGAAGGCCAAUGGAGUUAACGACGCCUUGGCGAUUCGCGUGGCUGACGUUGGGAUUUCUGUGGAUUCGGGAACCGAGAUCGCCAAGGAGGCCACCGAUGUUAUUCUGUUGGAAAAAAGUCUUGAUGCCAUUGCCCAUCGUGUUUUGUUCAUCAAUACAAUCAAGUACAUCAAGAUGGCCACCUCAUCCAACUUUAACAAUGUUUUCUCCGUCCUCGUCGCCUUAGCGUGGUUGCCUUACCAGCCAAUUCAACCACUCCAGCUUCUCUUCCAAAACUUGCUGGAUAACGUCGACCCAGAAUAUCUCACCGCUCCAACCACUUGGAAUGCCAGGUCAAUUGCAUGCUUCAUGAUUUUUUUGGGCCCAACUUACAGCAUAUUCGAUAUUUGUACCUUCCUUAUCAAUUGGUACCCAUUUGGAAUCCAAGACCAACAUUCUCCCCUGGUUCCGCUUGCCCAGACUAAUUGGUUUUUGGAGGUAUUCGCCAUUCCUUACAUUCCCAAGCUUAGUGCUGUACUGGGGAUGUCACGUCCUAAACCAGAGUUUUAUGGCUUCUUGGCGGCCAUGGUCAUGGGCUAUGUGAUUUUGGUCCACAUUGUGAAGGUAAUCUAUCAACAUAUGUUCAAGGAGUGGCUUUAG